AUGGAGGGUGGCAACAGCAACAACAUCAACCCUGAGGACUUGGCGGUGGGAUGCUUGUUGUCGAUCAGGACAACGUUGGGCGACGAAUUCGAAGGCCAGGUUGUCACCUUCGAUCGCCCCUCCAACAUCCUCGUGCUCCAGGAACCUUCCAAACCAGGCCCUCGUCGAAACAUUAGGUUGCUAAAGGCUAAUUACAUAAAAGACUUCACCUUUCUUGGCCAGGCCGAAGACCCACUUGAUCCCACCAACUGCUUCCUUGACCUCGCCGCUCUCCAAGCUAGGGAAGAAGUAGCCAUCAGACAAGCAGAGGCUGAUGCUGAGAGGAUUGGUGUUGGUGUUACCGGCGAGGCGCAGAGCAUCUUCGAUGCUUUGUCCAAAACGCUUCCAGUCCGCUGGGACAAGACAGUCAUAGUUGUGAUGAAUGAGGUGCGCGUCAGCAGUCCUUAUCACCCUGAAUCUGUUGUUGGAGGUACUCCUGCUGCAAAUGAACGGGUGAAGAAAGUGCUUGAGUUUGAGAGGAAGAGGUUGCAACUUCGCAGUUCUGGUGGUCACUAA